AUGAGCACAACCUCCAAUAUCAGCAGACAUCCACAAGCUUUGACCACUUCACACUCAUCACGAUCCUUCGGUGCCGCUGCGUAUCAUACCACGUCCAAUUCGCUGUACUAUCAGAGUUGUGCAGCAAAUCUCUCCCGGCCGGCCUCACCCACUGCUGAGUUUGCUUCGACCUUUACCACCGACAUGGCUGCUGCUCCUUCGUUAGCUCCUUCGCAGUCGAUGGGCUCCUCUCCAUUUAUGCCCUCGGCCCCGCAGACAACAGGCCCUCGAGGCCAGGCGCCAUUUCACCACCCAGCCGUUGCCCGGACUUGGUCCCAGCAACCUCCGGCUUCAGCAUCAGCCGUACCCGAAGCACCUCAUGCAUCGGCAUAUGAUACCCAGCAGCAACCGUCAGCGACUGCAGGUCCCUCGGCGACACUCCCAUUUCUCCGAGAUUUCAACUUGGUAGCUGAGGCAGCAAAACGCGCACAAAUGGCCGUCGUUAUGCGCGACCUCGAAGGCGUCUCUCUCUCAUGA